AUGCUCUGUACGGACAAGGACUGGAAAGCAGAAGGCUGUGCCUCGAACAUGUGCACAAUCAGUAACGGCGAUGUGAAAGCUGUUGGAGGCGAGUCGAUCACACAAUGCAAGGACCACGAUGACCAGUGGUGCUGCAACGCAGACGCUGUAAACGUAAAUUGCUGCAAGGAAUCACCAUCGCCACGACCCUUCUUCGCGCUGCAGGAUGGAAAGGCGUAUGCGACCAUUGGCCAAAAUCAAGCUUCGACUGCUCCUAACCUUGCGACUAUCACCGGUCUGGCGCAGAGCGGCGGUGGAUCAGGAGGAGGAAACCAAGCAUCGAAGACGACAGCAGGAGGGUCUUCAGGUUCUCCCUCUACCGACGCUCCCAACUCCGGUUCAGCUACUGCAACGGCCGAUGACGCCGCGACCACGCCCUUCAGUUCCGUCAUUCAAAGCCUCUCCACCAGCGCCGGCGGCGGCGUCGUCACAAUCCAAAACACCGUCCUCGUAACCCCCACCCCAACGGCCGGCUCCAGCUCCUCCAACAACGACUCCUCCUCCUCCUCCUCCGGCGGCUCAAAAUCCAACCUCGGCCUCAUAAUCGGCUGCGCAGUCGGCAUCCCCCUCGCCCUCGCCCUCGUCGGCAUAAUCUUCUGGCUCCUCCGCAAGCGCCGCCAACAAAAAGCAAACCCCUACCACGACCCUUCCUCCGAAGUCGAAGGCGAUAGUCCUCUUGUUGGUGCUGCUGCUGCUGGAAAACUCAACAAGAGCAAGAAAGAAACCUACCGCAACUCGCGUCCCGCGACCGCGGAAAUCGACGGGAACCCAAUUGGCGCGGGGCGCGCAAAUCGCGUGUCUGAAUUACCGUCUGGAAACGGGUUUCAACCGGGUCAUCAGGGCACACCUUACGGACCCGACGUUGUUGGAAUCGGAGGCGGAAACGGAGAUCCGAAUAGGACGACUUGGGAUACUAUUCCACCGCAGUACUCACCGGCGAGUAAUCAGGCUGCGUUUGCUACGCAUGCGCAUCCUGAGGCUAUGGAGCUGGCGGAUACAAGCGUCAACCCUGUUCUCAACGAAAAAGGACAGCCGUAUCAGGCAUAUAGGCCGCCGCAGCCUGUGGCGGAGUUGCCGAGUGUGACGACGCCGCCGGAGGAUGUGGAGAAGCAGAUGCAUCAUCGGUAG